AUGGACGCAGUCCGAGAUGCUGUACAGAGCAUAGCUCAAGGUAGCGUGACGCGUGGCGCUGGAGUAGCAGCCUUGUUCGGCGUCCUUUUCCACCUAGCAAUCCAACCCCUUGAAUUUGAGUUGAUCAUGUAUCACUCCAUGGCGGCCUUUAUGUUUACUUUUUUCGGCAUGGUGUACUCCUUCGGACUCGUCAAAGCGACAAUCUUCACAGCAAGCUUCAACGCCGCACUACUGGCCAGCAUCUCCGUAUAUCGGCUCUUCUUUCACCGAUGCGGAAGGUUUCCUGGCCCCCUUGCUGCCGGAAUUUCGAGAUUCUACGCUGCAAGUCUGGCAGCCAAAGAUGUGCAAUACUACAAGGAGCUGGCAAAGUUGCACCAUCAGUAUGGUGACUUUGUACGCACCGGGCCGCGAGAGAUCAGCGUUCUACACAAGUCAGCCGUUCCAUUGAUCUAUGGACCCUACUCGGAAUGUACUAAGGGAACGCCAUACGGUCAGAACGGGAACAAUCCAAAGAUAUGUUCUGUACAUGCAACGCGUGGCCACCACGAACAUCGCCUUCGACGGCGCGCUUGGGAUAGGGGCUUUUCUACCAAAGCGCUCGGCACAUAUGAACUGCGUAUCAAGGCAAAAACCGACUUGCUCAAGAGCCAACUCGUGAAGAAUGCGGGAAAGCCAAUGGAUGUAUCUGCAUGGUCCAUGUUUUUCAGCUUUGAUGUCAUGGGCGAUGUCGGCUUCGGCAGAGACUUUAACAAUCUCAAAAGUGGUGUUGAACAUGCUGCAAUCAAGAGUGUACAUGAUCACAUGAAGGUUGUAGGGAUACUAAACGCUGUACCAUGGUUGACCAACCUUAUAGGCUCGAUACCCGGCGCAGCAGCUGGGUAUAAUGGCUUCUUUUCUUUUUGCUCGGAUCAAAUCAGAGAGAAACAUCGAACAUGGGAUGCUGAAGAGUACCCCCAGGACAUCAUAUCAUGGCUACUAAAAGCCGUCAAAGAAAAGGAUGUCUCUGCCCCCCAAACUGCAGCCGCCUUGGAAGAUGACUCACGAUUGAUGAUUAUCGCUGGAAGCGAGACCACAGCCGUAACCCUCGCCACCGCCCUCUUCUACCUCGCCAAAUAUCCCGCAAAGCAGACGAAACUUCAACAUCUCCUCAACCAAUCAAUGCCAGGCGGCUUCAUGGACUGGUCCUACGAAAAAGCAAAGUCAAUCUCCUACCUCGAUGACAUCAUUAAUGAGACACUGCGCCUCCAACCAGCACUAAUGACAGGCGGCGCGCGCGAAACACCGGCAAAAGGCGUUCAAAUAGACGACACCUACAUCCCCGGUAACACAAACGUCGUCAUACCCGUUUCUCUCAUUCAACGCGACCCGCGGUGGUGGCAACAAGCCGAGGAGUUUGUCCCUGAGCGCUUUGGCGAGUUAAAACAGGAGAUGGAGACGGAAGGGGCGCCGUAUCUACCUUUUUCGCUUGGUGUGUAUAGUUGUCCGGGGAAGAAUCUAGCCAUGAUGAGUCUGCGGACUGCGCUUUCGAUGAUAGCAAUGAGUUUUGAUGUUGGGUUUGCGCCAGGGGAGACGGGUGUGCGGUUUGAAGAGGAGAAGUUGGAUACGUUGACCGUGACGCUUCCGCCUCUUUACUUGAAGUUUACACCAAGGGAGAGCAUAUGA